AUGACCUCCAAACACAACUUCGGAGUCUUCUGUGACUAUUUUGACCAAAGCACCGAAGACUUGAUCCAUAAAUCCAACUAUAUUCCCGCCGCCGCAGAUGUUUCCUCGCCUUCCACUGUUUCUGCCUAUCGCCUGUCCCACUUUGCAACAGCUGGCUUUAGUAUUGGAAGCAACUAUAAAGCCGAUGAUGUGUUGUUGAUUGUGAAUGGCUUUGUUGAAAGAGGCGAGUUCGGCGCCCCUGAACCUAUCGUCGAAAUUGACUCCCGUCUCUGCAGGCGACCAUCUUCAAAGGAGACCAUCGCCGCGCAAACCGCUGACGAAGGCACCUGGCCACCGCCGAAGAAACCGCCGAAAGUGCUGCGAUACCCGGACGAGGCUCUGACGUUGAAGAAACCUUCUCAUUCUCCUUCUAUGAAGGUAUAG